GCAGCCGCACUACAACUCCCGACGUGCCCCGCACCUCGCGUCACUCGGCAGCGCCGGGCUGAUCCGAGCUGAUCCGAGCUGAACCGUACCGUGCUGCGCUGAGCCGAGCUGUGCUGAGCCGGGAGCCAUGGAGAUGACCUUCUUCUUCUCGGACAGGCUGGUGCUGCUCUUUGACUUCUGGAGCGUGCACAGCCCCACAGGGCUGGCGCUGUCAGUGCUGGUGAUCCUGCUGCUCUCCGUGCUGUACGAAGUGGUGAAGAUGGGCAAAGCCAAAGUGCUGCGGCGGGCGCUGCUGGCCGUGCCCCCCAACUUCAGCCAGGAAGCGCUGCUGGGACCAGAUGAGGGGCACAGCGGGGAUGGCGGCGGCGGCGGUGGGGACAGCGAGGACAGCAGCGUCCGGGAGCGUGAGGCUGCGCAGGGCAGGUGGUUCCGGUACCAUGUGGGUCAGACGCUGCUGCACGUGGUUCAGGUGGUGGUGGGCUACACGCUGAUGCUGGCCGUCAUGUCCUACAACGCAUGGAUCUUCCUCGGGGUGGUCGCAGGCUCCGCCAUCGGCUACUUCGUGGUGUACCCACUGCUCUGGGUGGGCUACGGGGGGGGCACUUCUCAUCCCGUCCAGUAGCACUGUCACUUCUGCUGGCUCUGUCCUUGUGCUGUGCAAGACACAGAGCCCUGAAGACGCAGUGCUGGGAUGUGCGGUGCUGGCAAGGACGGGGCUGGCACCAGGGCUGUCCCCUGCCCUGCCACCGUGGCUGUCCCUGUGCUCUCAGGGAGCUUUGUGGCUGUGGGAUGGGGAUGAUGCCUGCUGGUGGGGCACUGGGAUGCUCCAGGUGUGCGCUGGGCAGGACUCAGCCCUGCUCAUGCCCCCUCACGCUGUGCCUUGUGGGUGCUGGGCGCUGGCUCGUGCACCUCUCUUGUAGCACUUUAGGGCCGGGGUCGGGGCGUGCUGCUGCUGGGAUGCCCAUGGCAGUGAAACCAUUGCAUCGCUCAGCUCUUGGCUGCUGCGUGCUGCAGAGCAAUGGGGGCCCCGGCUCGCAGCAGGGUUUAGGAGUUAAGGAUGCCCUCCUCUGGUUUUAAAUAAAGCUUUUUUUUCUCUUUUAUUAA